AAGCAGGCAGGGACAGUUAUCGGUGUGGCAGCCAAUGUGGCCUAUUUGAUUGCUGUGAUGCUUCAUCCCUACAUGCCAUCUGUGAGCGCCACCAUACGACGCCAGUGUGGACUUCCCACGUUGGCAUUGCUUCCGCGUGCACCGAUUGCGUUCCUGAAGCCUGGACAUAAAAUUGGAACGGUAUGA